AUGUCACGUGCACCGCAAAUAAAGCCGCGACGUUCUGUCCCUUGCCCGUUACGCGUGUUUAAAUCUCCGCCGACGAGCUCGUCUCCCGUCACGCUCGGAAUCGUCACGUGCCUCUCAAAUAAAGCCUCGACGUUUUGUCUCUUGCCCGUUCGACGCGUGCUUAACUCGCCGCCGACGAGCCCAUCACCGAUCACGCUC